UCCGACUGCAGACCCAGUGUAGGCAACAACUAUGAGCAACUGGCAUCCGUGACAGAGUUUUCCAAAAGUUGGACACUUUUACGCACCGUAUAACUUCAUCCAAAGCGUCAAACAGAGAGAGAGAGACACACAAAGGCCUGAGUCUGCAGUCUAUGGUUGUCCGGAUUCUGUCAGUAAGUCUUUCAGGAACCGUCAUCGCCCUCUGGCUCAGAAACGAUGGUCCUGUCUCCGUCCCACUCCCUCAGGUUGAAGUAUGUGUCACUGGGGGUGCUGGUGUUGCAGACCACCUCCCUGGUUCUCACCAUGCGCUACUCCCGAACCCUGAAGGAAGACGGCCCCCGCUACCUGGCCUCGUCCGCCGUGGUGUCGGCCGAGGUCCUGAAGAUCCUCACCUGCACCGUCCUCGUCUUUGUGGAGAACAAUUAUAACUUGCGGGCGAUGAACCAGCAGCUACGGGAUGAGAUUGUGAACAAGCCGAUGCAGACCCUUAAAUUGGCCAUUCCUGCGGGGAUCUACACACUGCAGAACAAUCUGCUCUAUGUUGCCUUAUCCAACCUGGACGCAGCCACCUAUCAGGUUACAUACCAGCUGAAGAUCCUCACCACAGCCCUGUUCUCUGUCUCUAUGCUGGGAAGGAAAUUGGGCUUCAGCCAGUGGCUGUCUCUUCUUUUCCUGAUGGCUGGAGUCACUCUGGUGCAGUGGCCCACAGAGUCUGUAGGGGAUUCGGAGCAGAAAGUCCUGACUGCCAGUUCCCAGUUUGUGGGGCUGAUGGCUGUGCUCAUGGCCUGUGUGUCCAGUGGUUUUGCUGGGGUUUACUUUGAGAAAAUCCUUAAGGAGACCAAACAGAGUGUGUGGGUCCGUAACAUACAGCUGGGUUUGUUCAGCUUUGUGUUGGGCUUCAUAGGAAUGAUAAUAUACGACGGCCAGAGUGUGAAACAGUCUGGAAUGUUUCAGGGCUUCAACAGUAUCACCCUGGCUGUUGUUGUUUUACAGGCUCUGGGCGGCUUGAUCGUGGCAGUGGUCAUUAAAUAUGCAGACAACAUCCUCAAGGGAUUUGCCACCUCUCUGUCCAUCAUCGUGUCCACGCUCACUUCAUAUUUCCUGCUGAAGGACUUUAACCCGACUGGUGUGUUUUUCCUCGGGGCAGUGCUGGUUAUUGCUGCCACGUUUCUUUACGGCUACGAGAACAAAACCAAACCCCCCAGCAGCAACGCCAUCAAAGUAUGAUGGAGAGAGCUCUGUAAACUGGGCAAAAAGGACUGAAGCGAGGGCAGCAGCCUGGUAUUAACAGAGCAGGACUCUGCAAGGAAUUCUUGAAAACAUAAAAGUGGACGCUCCUGUUACUAUCAAACAUCCUCAGCUGCAGGUGGAUGUCGUCGGCAACCCAUGUCACCUCUAGAAUGAACAUGUGACUCAAUAUUGUUCAUUUAAUUUUCUUAUUUUUGGGUUUUUUCCAUUUUAUAUAUAUAUACUAACAGGCACUUUUACUACAUUUUGCAGUAAAAUAAAACACUGAGUUAUCUCUGGAUGUGUACGUUAAGAGGAAUUUGAAGGGAAACUAAGUUGUUAUGAAACUGUUACCUCACUGAUAUUUUUUUUACAUUUUGAAAGCAGUUUAUUGUACGUACAACACACUCAUUCUAUAAAUGAUGUAAAAAGUGUCUGCUUCAAAAAGAGGGAAGUCCUUGACAGUGCUUUCAUCUAGUGAUGGAAUGAAGCAAGAACUUGCUGCAAAGAGGUGGGGUUACUUCUUUUCAAAGAUGCUGAAUGUCCUUUUUUUAUACGAGAUAAGAUAAGGUAGGAUAUGACUGUUUUGACCUUGCUGUUCGCAGUUUGAGUAUUUAUAUCAAAAGCACACAUUCUGUUAUUUAAAUGCAAAAUAAUGUAAGAACAAGUGAAUAAAUUAAGGGAUCUUUUAUGCUGAAAGGA